CCCGUCGCUACUGCUCAAAAAACACGGAAGUGGUUUAAACUUCUAAGUUCUAACUGUACAGCGCUGUCCAGUCGACAGUUUAAAUAUGUCUAAAGUUGAAAUGUUGAGAGUAGUGGUGACUGAGCGUCUCACCGCGGCUGCCGAGGAGAUAUUUGGACUUUUUGAAAGAACCUUAGCGGAGUACGAAGAGGAACUUUGUCGUUCGAAGCGAGAUAACGAGUGUCAACGCAAACUACUGGACGCUGUUUUGAAGCCUGAAGUUCGGUUACACAGAGUAGUGUUAUCUGCAGAUGUUCAGCAGGACCCAGAGCCCCCACAUAUUAAAGAGCAACAGGAGCAAUGCUGGAGCAGUCAGGAGGAAGAGCAGCUUCAAGGACCAUUUCCUGUAAAGAGUGAAGAUGACGAAGCUCAGUCCUCACAGCUUCAUCAAAUGCAAGAAGAGAACAGUGAGGCAGAGCCUCCAGCUAGCAGCUCAGCUCAACAGGGGGAUAUGGAGAGUGAUAGAGAGGACCAUGGAGGAUCAGAACCAACCAGGAGCUUAGAUCCAGAUAGUUAUUCACAACCAGCUAAUGAUGAGACUCUAGAGUCUUCUGAACAAGUGGACACUGUGAAAUCAAAGCGGACCCAGACGGGUGUUUCUGUCAGUCAACCAGCUAGGGACGACAGGACUUCAGACUCUUGUGAGCCUGAGACUGAAGACAGUGAUGGGCACUGGGAGGAGACAAAGAAACUUCAGUCAAAUUUAAAAACACUGACAAACAAUGGCGUUGCUGAAGGUGAAGACCAUAACACCAGCAAGAAGUCUCUGAGCUGCUCCAAGUGUGGUAAAACAUUUAAACCCAACGGAAAAAGUGCCCCGGGAAUGGAACCAUCAGCUUGCUCAGUUUGUGUUCAAAGAUCCACACAAAGUUCACGAUUAAUCACAAAUAAGAGAACUCAUUCAGGGGAAAACAUCUUCAGAUGUUCAGUUUGUAAGAGACAAUUUAGCUACAAAGGAGAUGCUGUGAGACACAUACGAAUUCACACCGGAGAGAAACCCUUUAGCUGCUCAGUGUGCAGUAAACGAUUCACGCAGAGCACAGGCUUGAGCUCCCACAUGAGAACCCACACAGGAGAGAAACCAUUCAGCUGCUCGCUCUGUCCUAAACGGUUCAUCCGGAGUGGAGUUCUGGACCGACACAUGAGAGUUCACACAGGAGAAAAGCCUUACAGCUGCUCAGAGUGCAAUGCAAGUUUUAGUCUAAGUCAGUCACUGUUAAAACACAUGAGGAUCCAUACAGGAGAGAAACCAUUCAGCUGCUCAGUUUGCGAUAAAAAUUUCACUCAGAAAGGACAUCUGACACAACACAUGAUGCUCCACACAGGGGAGAAGUCAUUCAGUUGCCGUGUCUGUGGUAGAAAAUUCACCAGACAGUCUCGUGUGAAAAAUCAUAAGUGUCUUUCUGAGAGCAGCAGCAGUAAAUGAAACUCUGAUGAAUUUCACACUUUGAAUGUCUUACUAUCCGCCCAAUAUGGAUUAAGUGGUUAAGGUAGGAACAGCAUGAAUGUAUUUGAAAUAUGUACGCAAUUGGGCUAAUUCUUUUGUAAAAGAUCUAAUUUGAAUUAGAACUAGAACUAAUGCAUCAUUUUUUAAUUACGAUUCUGCAAACCAAUGAUCGACUAAUUAUUAGCUGCAAUAUUCAGCAUAUUUAAGAUAAUAGGAAUCUUUAUUAUUUCAUCCAAUUGCAGAUAUAAUAGAUACAUUUAAGAAAUGUGCCACUUAGCCUCUGAUGCAGCUGCUCCAGUAUGUGAGCGGUAGCCGAAAUUCAUGUUGUUGGACGAUAUAUUGUCCCAGAAAUAGUUGCAAUAAACAUUAUUGUAAUUUUUACUGAUAAAUUCCUAAUAUAUUAGUUUAACAAUGCAAGUACACCAUUUUAAAAGAGCAAUGAAAGUUUUAUUACGAAAGCACUUCAGUUAAUGCAAAUUGAAUGUGACUACAGAUGAAAAAUAGCCUUUUGGCUAACUGGCACAUUUGCACAAAUGUUUUUAUUAAUGUGCACUGUCCCGUUCAAAUAAACCAAUAAAUAAAAUUAAAAAAAAUAUAUAUAUCUUAGAUAAAUAGGACAUUAAUAGAAUAAAACAACGCAACCAAAACAAUAAAUAUAAUGAUCUCAGGCUCUGUUAAUAAAAAUGUGCAAUGUCUGCACAAUGCCCAAGUCCUCUUGGUAGGGACAACUCUGAAAUUUGUUCUGGCAUCAUGUCGGCAAGUGUUCGUGACAUUCUUAUGUUAACAAACACGCAUGUAAACAACAACACAGAGGUAGGCGAAACCGCUAGAUGUCAUGUCCAUAUAUUGUACGAUAAGUCAAUAAUGUAAAUAUUAUUGAGAUCUAUCCAAAUAUUGUUCAAUAAAACAAUAAUGUAAAAAUGAUUAGGGUCAUGUCCGAUAAGUCAGUAUCUUAAAAAGGAUGAGGUCAUGUCCAUAUAUCAUACGGACUCCUUCAACUCCUUCACUUCACACAUACAUUUGUUUAUUUUGUUUUCUUUUUGUGUCUGAGCUUGUCUACUAUGUGAAAACGAUUAAGGUCAUGUCCAUAUAUGGAAUGAUAAGUUGAUCACUUAAAAAUUAGUGAGAUCAUACCAUAUAUCAUGCAAGCAGAUAUAGUUGAACGUACAACCGCAGAUAUGAAUCAUAACCAGAUUAUCAUUGUGAAUAAGAUUGCAGCGCAGUGAUUAUAAAGACAAUAUUCAUACACUAUACGUAUAUUACGCGGACCUACCGAUGCACAUUCGACCUACGUUGGACCCGUUUAUGAGUCAACCAUCAAUUUUUGUCUCACUCAGUAGAAACUUCAGUCUGCAGUGUAGUUCAUAUGCCUUUACUGUACACCUUAGAAGUGUACAGUAAAAUUAUCAAAGAAAGCUUUCUCUCUCCCUGGAUGCACAAAGAAGGUCUAAAAAUGCAGUGUGGGAGUGUUUCACUUAACCAACACCACGGAAUGCAAAGAAGGUAUCGGCAUGGGAAGAGCAGUGACUUUUUAAAUUAAGUUAAUGUUGAAAAGUUAUCUUUUACAGCAUUUAAUUAAACAUAUGCUUUAAAGGCAUUUAAACAAAGUUUUGUGAUGGAGUUUGUGUUAUUCCUGAGUUUUAUACAAAGGUUUUCUUUUUACUGCAAACAUAUUCUUUUCAAAUAUUGGUAUUGGCCUCUUUGAUCAGUAAUAAUAGAUAUCUGCCCUGGAAGAAAUAUAAUGGUGGACCCACCUGCACAGAGUAAGAAGUUAACCUAUGUAGAAGAUUUAUAAUACGAAAUACAUUUCUCUUCAUCAGACAGACAGACAGACAGACAGUAGAUGAUGGAGAGGUUAGCAGUGCACAGGACCACACUGCAUGAACUGUAUCGGAAAAGUGUGCUGGUGCGUGUGAGA